AUGCAGAGUAUCCAGUGCAGCCCAGAGUUCCUAAUACAGGGGCAGCAUAAAACUCUGGUGCACACUGGGAUCAGCUUUACUUUAGGCUAUUUUUGUGUUCAUCAGCCAAAAGCUCUGACAGUGACGGAGAAAGGGUCCAUCACCCUCCCCUGUACAUUCACCUAUAUUGAGGAAUAUGUGGAGUAUACACAGUACAGAGUACAUUGGAGGAAGACAGAAGGACCAUUCUGUGAGCUUUCCGAUGAGGAAAUCACUGACGCUGCUGGGAAUGGUACCGGCCGGUAUGAGGGGAGAGUCUCCAGGGAGCAGGAUCCGGAUAACAAGCGGAGAGAAUCUCUCACUAUCACUGGGCUGAGAAGGUCGGAUGGUCCCAUCAUCUGCUGCACAGUGUCUCGUAUUAAUAUCUACAAUAACCACAAGUCUAGCUGGAGAAGUGUGUAUGGGACUUAUCUACAAUUCACAGGUGACAGGUCCAUAUCUCAGCUGGAUGAGUUGGUAGCUGUUCCGGGAGAAGAGAUCACCAUCCCCUGUCAUUACCCGCAGGAGGCCACAGGGGUAGCACAGAAAGUCACCUGGUAUAGAGGAGACAAUGAGCUUUGCUUAUAUAAUACAUAUGAACUCUACACCUUGGACCAGCGACGCAGAGAUGAGCGGUACUCACUGGUCAGUUUCCCCACAGAUGUCUCACUGCGCAUACAUAGAUAUGACAGCUCUUCUUACACCCAUUACUGCUGCAGGGUGACCACCAGCAAUGGAACAUUCACAAGCAGAACAAGCACAGAGCUGGUCAUUGCAGAUACAUCGUCCUACUCACAUUUUACUGCUAAGCAGCCAAAUAAUAUCACAGCUGACACUGGAGGUUCUGUGACUCUCAGCUGCUCAUACAGACAUAACGGUAUUUACAGAGAUAGCGAUAUCCUGUGGGUCACUGCUUACUGGAGAGUGAACAGCACAAGUGGUCCUCACGCCUACCACCCCCACCAGGAAAUGGUCCAUCCCAGGUAUAAGGGAAGAACAGAGAUAACAGGAUUAGCCAACCUCCACAUACGGGGGGUGCAGGUAGAAGACAGCGCCACCUACCACUGCUUUCUGGUGAUCAAGCUGUGUAUAAAUACAGAAACAUCACGACGCAUGGCUGCACAUGGAGAAGGAACCAGUCUGAUCGUGAAAGGUAUCAAUAAAAUGAAUGAUAAAAUAUAA